AUGGCUACCGCACGAUGGUCUCUUCGCCUGCCUAGAGGAGUAUCGAAUCUCCACCACACUGGCGCGGUCCCCGGCAGAGUCAAUAGCAGACUUCGCCCCGAGCUAGCACCACUAUCGCAACGAAGAUGGCUACAGAAGCCGCCGCCUCAAGAUCGUCCCUGGGCAUCGCGACCAGGGGAGCCAAAGAAAGACGAUUCGCAGAAUGAGAACCAAGACAAGGCUAUACAAGAGGGAGAGUCCCAACCAGAGCAGGCACAACAACCUGGACGUAAUGCACAACUCGCCACAGCCCUCGCAGAGGCCGACACCUCAGAUCUGGUCACCGAAGUGCACAUCCCAGACGGUCCGAAUGCCAUCCUCCCGCCGGACCAUCCAGCACUCUCGAUCCUUGGGAACAGCAGUCUGGUCAUCCAACGACAGAUCGAAAUGAUGAACAUCAUCAUUGGCAUGGAGCAGGCAAACAGAUACGUGAUCAUGGAUGGCCAAGGUCAAACGUUGGGUUACAUCGCGGAGAAAGAUCAUGGCCUUGGAAGUGCUUUCGCCAGACAGAUGUUCAAGACGCACAGGAGCUUCACAACACACAUCUUCGACAGACAAGAAAGAGAAGUGCUGCGUAUACACAGACCCUUUGCAUACAUCAACAGUCGUAUCAGGAUUUACGACCCAGUGCCAGAAGGCGGAUAUGCCGAUAUGGAGACCUCAACGGCACUGCAGGGCACGUCCGCUAACUCGGUCGUAAACCAAGGAGCAGUGUCGCAAGUCUCGCCUCUGAACCUGGAGGAGAUGCGCAUCAUCGGUGAAGCUCAACAGCGAUGGGCACCCCUACGCCGAAAAUACGAUCUGUUCAGUUAUCGGCCAAUCGAAGCUCCCCGAGACGAGAACCUACGCAUCGAGUCUGGCGAGAAGCCCACUUCCGACACAAUUGCACUGACGGAAUCAAAGGCACCUGAUCAAGCUAUUGAGGCUGGCAUGGUACAAUUCGCACAUGUAAACGAGCCAUUUCUGUCUUGGGACUUCACACUCAAAGGCGAAGAUCAGAAUACUAUCGGUAGCGUCAACCGCAACUUUGUCGGCUUCGCAAGAGAAAUCUUCACUGAUACGGGUGUCUAUGCACUGAGAAUGGACAGUGCUGCGCAGACGUCCGCUCUGCAGGAUGCCAGCGGUCAGGAAGUGGCAAGACACGAACGAGAGGCUGCGGCGAUGACACUGGACCAGAGGGCAGUGAUGCUCGCGACUGCCGUAAGCAUCGACUUCGACUACUUCUCUAGACACUCUUCCGUAGGUGGAGGAGGCUUCAUGCCGAUCUUCUGGCCCAUGGGUGGAGGAGCAGCAGAGGGCGGUGCCGCUGGGGCAGGGGCCGGGGCCGCUGGAGGUGCAGCUGAAGGAGCGGGAGCUAUGGAAGGUGCUGCGGGUACCGCCGGGCGUGGUCUUGGUGGAGCUGCCGGUGCGGGCAGCGAAGGGGCGAUUGCCGGCGCAGGAACCAUGGCUGGCUACGAAGCAAUGCAGCGUGGUGCUUCUGGACAAAGAGGUGGUGACGACGCAAGUCCGACAAAUAACGAGCCGUUCGGAGCAGGCCAAUCGCCGGAGCACUCAGAGAACAGGCCUGGCGCCGAUGAUGUCUGGGGCGAGAACGAUGAUCCUUGGGGAGGUGGUGGUGGCGGACCUCCCAGUGACGGACCGCCGCCAGGCAUGGGUGGCGAGGGAGGUGAUGGCGGGGGAGGAGGAGGAGGAUGGGCAGAUGUGAUAAGCGACUUCUUUGGCGACUGA